AUUUUGUUCAGCUUAAUAGUGUUGUUGUAGUUUAGUUUAAAUUCGAAAUUUGUUGUUUUCAGUAAACCUGGAAUCCGUGACAAUAUUUACAAAUAUACUUGUGCACCGUCUCGAAAGGAUUUGGCGCCAGUCAAGAUUUUCUGUAGAGAUUCAUUUUCAAUUUACAAAUAAAUAAUAUAAAUAUAGAGAAUAAACAAACAGAUUCCUUUUAGUUCAUAAAAGUCCACUAUACCUACCCUAUAAGAAUUCUGCCACAACAAUGACUACCACGUUUACCAAUCAACCUUUUUAUUUCUUAAAUUAGAUUUGAAAAAAUAUAGAUGAUGAGAAAAAUAGGCAAUUUAGUCCUUAAAAAAUGUGCAACACAGAUCGAACUGACGCCACACUCACUGUCUACCACAACUCCGGAAGAACCUAUACGAUUGAUAAAAAUAGAAAGGCGUAGUUUGAGUUUUCCAAAAAUGAGGAUUGGAAACGGUAAAAAGAAAAUGACAGAUUUUUCCAAGAUAGUUUAUGCCACAAGACGCACCAACGACUGUGUUUGCUGUGCCAUUUAUGGUAUAAGCUCGGGAUCUACCAGUCAGCGAUUUUCUGACGUCACAUGUUGAGAUAGGUUAUGGUUGCUGUAUCUAAACAGUUAUAUGCACAGCAUUAGGGAGGAGGUUAUACUAUUAAAAGUUCUCAUGAAAUGGCAACGAUUCAUUCAUUCAUUCAUUCCCCUUAUUUACCUAUUUCAAAUUAUGAUAAUAUUUGCAUAAGCUAAACAUGGAAGACUAAAAGAUUCCUAUUGGAAAUUUAAUUUGAUUGUAAAAUUAUAGUGCCCCAUUCUUGACAAUGAAGUGAGUGUAAUUUCUAUUCUUUUCUAUUUACCUACAUUUUUAAUAUUUCAUUUUUAUUACUUGAAUUGAUUUCUAAAUGCCAUUUAUUGUAGAUGUUCCCCUGAGAACCCUGAAAUAUGUGUAAGUUAUCAUGUAAAACGGUGGCCAUGGAAAUUUGGGUGGAAAAUUAAGGAUCCACCUGGAUUUUCUCGAAAAUUAUCAGGAAAUUGAAAAAACGCCGAAACACGUCGAUUUUGUUUGCAAGGGCUUUUUGGCUAUUUCAAAAUUUUUCUAGAUUGCACCCCCUUACCGGGGUGAGUUGCACCCUCAAAAGUUGAAUGAGGAAACUGGGUCGAGUGGUACCUUGUUUGAGAGGUAUUUGAGAUGAAUUUACAGAUCUGUAAUUUUUUUCGAAAUCUGACUUCUAGUUUUCAAGAUAUUCGCCUCGGAAGUUGCCAUGGGGCGAAAAGAGAACGCGUUUUUCAUGAAAAAGUAAAAAGUGGGUCAUGUUUGGAAGGUUGUUCAAAAGGUACAAACUAUCAAAGAAACAAAGGUUCAAAAUAAACAAAAUUGACGUGUUUCAGGAAUUUCAAUUUUUUCUUGUAGAAAUGUACGAAAAACACGUUCUCUUUUCGCCCCAUGGCAACUUUCGAGGCGAAUAUCUUGAAAACUAGUAGUCAGAUUUCGAAAUAAAUUACAGAUCUGUAAAGUCAUCUCAAAUACCUUUCAAACAAGGUACCACUCGACCCAGUUUCCCUAUCCAAUUUUUGAGGGUGCAACUCACCCCGGUAAGGAAGUGCAAUCAAGGAAAAUUUUGAAAUAGCCAAAAAGUGACCCCCUUGCAAACAAAAUCCACGUGUUUCGGCGUUUUUUUUAAUUUCCUAAUAAUUUUCGAGAAAAUCCAGGUGGAUCCUUUUUAAUUUUCCACCCUGUAUGAUAAUUUUUUUACUCUCUACUGUAACAUGUUUUAGGUGUUUUUAGGAUUCAUAAACUAAAUGGUAUCUGUUUCCAGUUAAAUACUUAACUUGGUAAUAAUAAUUUUUUUUUAAGUCUAGGCUUUAUCUGUCAAGAAUAUGGCUAUUGGUUUGAUAUUUUCUUAUUGAGUAAAUAUUUUUUAUUAAUGUAGAUUUCAGAAUCACUUAGAAUUGAUU